AUGCCCCUGAGAGGGUCCCUCAGGGCAAACCUGCCCAUGGAAGGGUUCCUGGGGGCGAACCCGCUCCAGGGAAGGUCCCUUGGGGCGAGGCUGCCCCUACGAGGGUCCCUGGAGGUGCUUCUGCCCUUGGGAGGGUGCCUACGAGAGUCCCUGGAAUCCCCGCCGUCCCUGAAGGUCGUUGGAGACGUAAAUGCCUCUGAGAAGGUCUCUAAGGUCGAACCUGCCCAUGAGAGGGUCCCUAAGGGCGACCCUGCUCAUGGAAGAGUUCCUGGGGGCGACCCCGCCCCUGGGAGGGUCCCUUGGGGAGAGGCUGCCCCUAGGAGGUUCCCUGGGGGCGCUUCAGCCCUUCAGAGGGUCCCUGUGAGUGUCCCUGGGGGCCCCGCCGUCCCUGUGAGGGUCCAUGGAAGCCCCGCCGUCCCUGUAAUGGUCCCUGGGGGCGCCACCACCCCUGGGAGGGUUCCUGGGGGUGCUGCCUCUGAUGGAGGGCUCCGUGGAGGCGCCGUUGCCCCUGGGGGCACUGCCACCCAUGGAUGGUCCCUGGGGACUCUGCUGCCUCUGAGAGGAUCCCUAGGAGUGACAGACCAGUAG